AUGAGAACCCAGAAACACCUCCACAUCGCCGUUCUGGAUACGGACGCUCCGGUUCCGAACGUCUACUACGCUCGCGGUCUUUAUAGUACCCAAUUUCGCAAGCUUCUUCGCGCUGCUGCGGGGCGGAUCGCAGAAGACGAAGGACGAGAUGAAGAUAUUGAAAUCCACACCACGGCGUUUGAUACGCUUGGUGGUCAGUUGCCGUCGCUGGCUAGUUUGAGUACGCAGCCUACUACCCUUGUGACCAAGGCUGGAGAGGUGAUCAAUCCGCUGGCUUUGCCUAUCACCGGAAUCUUGAUUACGGGAUCAGUGGCGUCCACGUAUGGUGCAGAGUACCAGUCAUGGGUUGCACCAUUGCUGGGGUUUAUUACUACUGUAUAUGAACAGUAUCCUCAUGUGCGGAUCUUUGGAAGUUGUUUUGGCCAUCAGGCGCUUGCAGACGCCUUGCUUGCUGGAUCUGCUUCGGCCAAUGAGGUCAAGGUGGGAUGUUGUCCCUAUGGGAAAGAGGCAGGCCUGGCGCAAGUCGAACUCACAGAGGGAUUUGUGGAUGCCUUUCCCUGCUUGAGGGGAAAACGCACGUUGAGGCUGCAGAUGAUUCAUGGGGAUUGGGUGACGGUUGACUCGUCACCUGAGAAAGCGCUUCCCUCGCCUUGGAUGAACAUCGGGGGGACAAAGCCUUGUCCUAUUCAGGGCUUGUAUUGCCCUGGGCGUGUUCUGUCCUAUCAAGGGCACUUUGAAUUCGACUCGUUUGUCAACAGAGAGACGUGUGUUGACUUUGGCGGGAGGUUGGGUUGGCCGAAAGAGCUUAUCGAGCAGUAUGUGACAGCAAUUGGUGAUGUAGACGGGAAUGGGGAUGACUCCAAGCUAGCCGCAGAGGUGCUGGUGAGAUUCUUUGCGGGAGAAGAUGAUGCGCAUAGCAAGGAAGGCUUGGACAAGGCACGGGGUGAACAGAGUGUGGGAGUAGGCAAACUAAUUGGAAGUCUGGUGGAGCAGUUGAUAGGUGGGAACUGGUGGUCCAGCAGGGCAUAA